AUGAAGAUGCAGCCGGAGUCUCGUCUGCACUUUUUCACUUUGGCCCCGGUGACUCUGCUGUCGCAUUGGACGGGAUCGCUUCGGACGAUGAUGGCCAUGUCUGACAAGGAUGAACAUGGCUCUGCGGAAGUCGAGCAUGUUGACCGUUCGACUCGGGAGAAGGGCGCUGUGAAUGCGCGUCUGGUCUUUGCUUGUAUCGUAUUUGGCGCAGCGUCGUUUAUGUUUGGAUAUGACGAUAAACUUAUUUCGCCUGUGGCAGCUUUGUCCGGCUUUGUGGAAAGGUUCCAGGGACCAAACCCGGCGACAGGCAAGCUGGUUCUCACAGCGCGCAAUCAAAAUUUGGUCUUUUCGUUGCCCCUAGUGGGUGCUGUCCUUGGAGGACUGCUGGCAUCACCAUUGAAUUUUCAUUUUGGUCGCAAGUGGCCUCUUAUCGCAGCGUAUCUUCUCUCCAUUGGCGGCGGUCUGCUCCAAGUGUUUGCGCCUAACUUGGGGGCUUUCGUUGGUGGUCGGUCUAUUAAUGGGGUUUCAAUGGGAAUUGCAAUGGCAACGGCUCCUCUUUAUCUAUCAGAGGUCGUCCCUGCUUCUAUGCGAGGCAGAUCCGUCAGCUCCCUCAACAUCCUGAACCUGACAGCUGGGGUAGUCAGCACUGUCAUCGUAUGGGGUACUGAAAAACUCGGAGGUCAUUUAUCAUACCAAAUUCCUCUCGCAAUCCAAUCAGCCGUACCCAUCAUCUUGAUUUGUCUCACGAUCCCCCAGCCAGAAAGCCCCGAAUGGCUCGUGGCAAAAGGCAACCUCGCCCAAGCCCGACAAAACCUUCGCAAACUCCGCGGCUUCAGCGACGCGCACGUCAACGACGAACUCCGGUUAGUGGAGCUAUGCGAGAAACAAAACCGCGAGAUGCGAGCAGAAGUCAAAUUCUGGCACAUUUUCAAACGACAACAUCUCCGGCGGACCCUCGUCGGCGGCUCCUUCUUUUCUCUUAAUCAAAUUUCCGGUGUUAUUUUGUCGACGACGUAUACGACGGUAUUUCUUACGGAAUUAGGCAUCGGGAAUGCUUUCACCUUGACUAUCAUCGCUUCAUGCUGUACUUUGGCGGGUACAAUCGCCGCACCACUCGUCAUCGACCGCGCCGGUCGUCGACCAACAGCCUUUGUCGGAAUGGCUAUCCUAUUCAUUAUCGACCUGGUGGCCGGCGUACUCGCUUUUUACCAUAGAAACACCCAAGCCACCCUCGCCAUCGCCGCGCUAUCCUUCAUAUUCAAUUUCUUUUGGGCCUCCUCCUUCUACUCCCUCUCCACCCUAAUGCCCUCCGAAAUGGCGACCCCCAAACUGCGCCACCACACCAUGUCAUACACCAUCGCCUGUCAAGAGGUGACAGCCGUGAUUACCACACUGGUAGUUCCGCAAUUAACAUCUGCAGAUGCGGCGGGUCUGGGUGCAAAGACGUAUCUUGUUUUUGCGGGGUGCAUGGCUGUGAUUAUUGUCUUUGUGUACUUUUUUAUGCCGGAGACGAGGGGGCGGACGUUUGCGGAGAUUGAUGAGAUGUAUGCGGCGAAGGUGCCGGCUUGGAAGUGGAGGUCUUAUCGGACUUCGAUCAAGGCGAGGACUGGGGAGGGAGCGGUCGAGACUACAGAGCAGAAGACAUGA